AGUUAUUGCAAACAGAUGUAUAUCGUUGCAAUUGUUUCUUCUCCCACUUUUACUCGUUACAAUUGAUCGAAAAAAAUAAACUUAUAGAUUUUGUAAGAUUUAUCUUAUUUAACUUUUGAUUAUGAUGGAAAUUUGUAGUACAUUUUUAAUUAGAAAUUUGAUAAACGUAAUAGUUUUCAUAUCAUCUAUCAGAUCACUCCAUGCACUUAGACAAUAGAUUAAUCCACAAAUUCGGCAUAACAUGAUGGAUAACCUAACUGGAAUAAUCCAUGCUGUGUGCAAAGGAUUUAUAGACAGUUUGAAAGGAGCUAUCGUUCUUUUUCAUAUACAAAGACAAAUUAAUGAAAGAUUAAUUAAUAGACAACCUUCCAAAACUGACAAACACAAAAGAAGUACUCCUACACGUAGCUCUGCAAUACAUUCUAAUCAACAACAAGGGUCUACAGUGUUAAAGCGCACAAUUGAAUGCUGCGUACUAAAUGGCAUGGUCUUUUGGGUCAGUAUAACAAUUUUUGAAAGUGGACUUCUUCCAUUCAUUAAGUAUUUACUGACAAUUAUAUUUGGCCAUUCGCCUGAUAUGGCAGCAACAGUAUGGUCCUGGACACAACCAUUUUUAUCUUUUACUUUUGAAACUGUUUGGGUAUUACCAUUUUUUCUACUGAGUCGCAUAGUCAGCAGUUUUUGGUUUCAGGAUAUAGCUGAUAGUGCGUAUAGGUAUAGACAAGGAAAACCAUCAAAUCCACCCAAUUGGGCCAAAUUGGUAGCAGACUAUCUUUUCAGUUUAUUAGUGGCAACUUUAUUUCUAGGACAAUCAACGCUAGUAUCCAAAAUGCCAUUACCUUUAUUAGGUGAUAUACUUUCCCUUGUACAUACGUGCCUUUUAUAUGCUCUUUAUGCUUUUGAAUACAAAUGGUACAAUAUGGGUUGGGAAUUGCAUAGACGACUGACUUUUAUAGAAGAAAAUUGGCCAUAUUUUUUGGGCUUUGGAUUACCAUUAGCACUAACUAUUCGAAUGUUUACAUCAUAUGUAAUGAGUGGCUGCUUUUUUUCUGUUCUAUUUCCAUUUUUUAUUAUAAGUGGAAUCGAAGCAGAACCUGUAACUGGAGUUGGCAAUUAUCCAUUAAAAUUGUUCUCUCCAGUUAUUGCUAUUGCUAAUACUCUUUUUAAUAAAACCAUCGGGGCUCGUUAAUUGCAAUAUCAAGAGAAAAUAUUAAACAUUUGACUAUAAUUCUUGAAUUUAA